CCUUGGAUGAGUGCGCGUCGCGCGCGGUCCAGUCAGAAAAAGCGGCUUCUACUGGAACGAGCUCACCCGUGAAUGCGCCUCCGAGAAGUUAAAACAGCUGUCUAUCUGCAGAACACGACACGGGACCACGGAGAUACCGAGAUAAUGCUGUUGUAAUGCCUUGUUCUGAGGGCAAAGAGUCAAAGGAAGUAGUUUUGUAUUGUUUAUUCUCCUGCGCUACAUUGUAAAGUGUUUUCCAACAAGAAGUCGCGCAUUCAUGAUUUGUUUUUGUCCAGAACCGAGGAUUAGGCUAUAUUGACGGGUUCUCGAGUCCUUAAGAUUUUAAGGGUCCAGAAGCACUUUUUGUAAUAAGGAAUGGCCACGGCACGGCUGGACUAUAUCGCUCCAUGGUGGACCUACUGGCUGCACAAUUUCCCCCACUUCAACUUCACCUUCCAGCCCGUUGAUAACACCUUCAGACCCGGGGAGGCGAGCUACCACCAGUCUCUGGUCUUCCUAGCCUGUAUAUCAGCUGCUGGACUAGUCCUGAGCCUCCUGCUGCUGUCUGUCUACCUGACCAGUGUGUGCUGCUGCAGGAAGGAGGAGGAGGAGGAGACCAAGAGGCCUGACUCCUGCUGUGUCUCCUGGACCGCUGUCAUCACUGGGCUCAUCCUAUGCUCUGCUGUUGGAGUGGGUUUCUAUGGUAACAGUCAGACCAAUGACGGGGUGUAUCAGCUGACCUACUCCCUCCACAAUGCCAACCACACUCUGGGUGGCCUCAACAGCUUGGUCUCCAGUUCUCUGGGCAGUAUGGAGGUGGGUCUGCAGCAGCACCUGAAUCGUCUGGAUGAGAUCUUUGCUGCGCGGGGAGACUAUGUCCAGGCCUUGAGGUUCAUGGGUCAGAUGGCUGACAACAUCAUCAGACAGCUGACCGCCAUGCCGGACCUCAGCAAGGCCAAGGUGGACCUGUCGGCCAUCGCUGAUCAGACAGAUUACGUAGAGUACUACAGGUGGCUGACCUACCUGCUACUGCUGAUCCUAGACCUGGUUAUAUGCCUGGUGGCCUGUCUGGGGGUGGCAAAGCAGUCCCGGUGGCUACUCACCAUGAUCAUGGUGUUUGGGGUGAUAUCUCUGGUCCUGAGCUGGGCAUCACUGGGAGCAGGCACUGCUACUGCCGUGGGCACCAGUGACUUCUGUGUGUCUCCAGACAAGUUCAUAGCAAACAGGACCAAAGAGUUCCUCAGUGCAGAAGUGACACACUACUACCUGUAUUGCAGUCAGAGUCUACCCAACCCUUUCCAACAGUCUCUGACUAUCUUCCAGAGGUCUCUGACCACCAUGCAGAUCCAGAUACAAGGACUACUGCAGUUCUCUGUACCUGUCUUCCCUACUGCUGAGAGAGAUCUUCUGGGCAUCCAGCGCCUGCUGAACUCUACAGAGUUCAACCUGAACCAGUUAACAGCCCUACUAGACUGCAGGGGGCUCCAUAAGAACUACCUCGAUGGUCUGAUGGGGGUGUGUUAUGACGGGGUGGAGGGUCUCCUCUACCUCUGCCUCUUCUCUCUGCUGUCGGUCAGUGCCUUCUGUGCCAUGCUGUGUGCCAUCCCCCGGGCAUGGACCCUCAUCACCAGCAGGGACAGGGCCUAUGACGACAUCGAUGAGGAGGAUCCGUUUAACCCCCAGGCCCGUCAUAUGACCUUCAACCCCAGUAGAGCCAGCCAUGUACAGAGCUUCUGUAGCUACAGCAGCAGUCUGGACAGCCAGGCCAGUCCACACCCUCCACCACAGACUGCCGCCAUCCUCCCCACCUCAGAGUACAUGAAUCAGUCCAUGCUGUUUGGAGGGAACCCUCGUUAUGAGAACGUUCCUCUGAUCGGGAGGGGAUCCCCGCCACCCUCGACAUUUAGAAACAUAUUCUCCCAGAAUGAGAACUACCUACCUGUCUAUGACUGACGCACAGAUCAGACACUUUGGGACAGACUUCCAGCAGGUAUAGCCCCCAACUAUGGCCUACCGGUCCCCCUCGGGAAGGGUCUGUCUGGGACUACCACUGUACUGAGGAAGGGUCUGUCUGGGACUACCACUGUACUGAGGAAGGGUCUGUCUGGGACUACCACUGUACUGAGGAAGCAGAGUUUACAGAUCACCCUGUCCAUGGAUGUCUCAUCCUGCUCUCCUGGCCAUCUGUUACUUAAAUGCAGGAGGUAUGGGGUCAACAAUGGCUCAGGAACACACUGACACUCUCAAAGUCCUGUACUGUACGUGUAGAAACCAGGAGACUACAUAGAACCCUGAGUGUAAAGUGCACUUGCAUCUCUCCCCAAACAAACCAACAAUUCAGUUAUGUGUUUUCUUCAAAUGUGAGUGUUCGUCUCGAGCCAGAUCAGAAGACAUGAUUGUUAUGAACCAAGUUGAACGUUUAUAUAUUGUCCUGUGAGUGACGUCACCUUUGAUGGAUUUCAGGGGACAGCAAAUAACCAGAUCGAUUUCCUUCACAGCCAUAAAUGGUUAUUACAUGAACUGUCUUCAGUCUUCCCCAACCUGUCAUCGCUAUUACAAGCUGUCAUCUAACCAGUCUAGCAUUCAGCUCCUCUUACACUUGACGACACAGCUCUUGCACUUGACGACACAGCUCUUACACUUGACGACACAGCUCUUACACUUGACGACGCAGCUCUUACACUUGACGACACAGCUCUUACACUUGACGACACAGCUCUUACACUUGACGACGCAGCUCUUACACUUGACGACACAGCUCUUACACAUUGACGACACAGCUCUUACACAUUGACGACACAGCUCUUACACUCGACGACUCAGCUCUUACACAUUGACGACACAGCUCUUACACUCGACGACUCAGCUCUUACACAUUUGACACAACCCAAAGUCUUCAUGAUGUCUUCCGUCAGAGUGAUGAGUCAAACUUGAUGAAAACGGACCACGUAUUUAUUGUCACUUAUCUGUCAGGUUAUUCAUUGAUAUCGAGGAAGAAUAUAAUGGACUUAUUUUUUAAAUGUGACUGGAAAACAGAUCAUUCAUUGAAAUUGUGAUGAUGUCUACACUCUUAGAGAAAAAGGUACUGUCUAGAACCUAAAAGGGUUCUUUGGCUGUCCACAUAGGAGAACCCUUUAAAGAACCGUUUAUGGUUCCAGGUAGAACCCUUCUGGUUCCAGGUAGAACCUUUCGGGGCUCCAUGUAGAACCCCAAAAGGAUGGAACUCAAGUGUUCUACCUGGAACCGGAAAGGGUUCUACCUGGAACCAAAAAGGGUUCUACCUGGAACCGAAAGGGAUUCUCCUAUGGGGACUGCCGAAGAACCCUAUUUAGAACCCUGUUUUCUAAGCGUGUAACUCUAUAUGUAUGUGUAAGGGGGACUGAGGAGAAAGGAUGCAUGAUGAUGUUUCUAAAGCCUUUAUUUCCUGUAACCUGUUUCUCUCUGUUCUCCUAUGCUGUGUCAUCCUGCAUGCUGUGUCCUGCUCAAUUCUAGCCUGGAUCUCCGACUGAAUAUCAGUCCGUUUCAUUAUUGUGUCAGCGAAUCAUCAAAAGGAAUAAAACAGUGAUAUUCAG